AUGCUCACUUUCGAAUCUCCGUUUACAAUGUCAGGUGUUGGUGGAAAGGGUGGCAAAGGAGGCAAGGGCGGCAAGGGCGUCACUUCCAAGCGGGCGCCACAGUCUCGAUCACAGCGUGCAGGUCUUCAGUUCCCCGUCGGUCGCAUCCACCGCUUUCUUAAAAAACGUGUGGCCAAUAAUCAGCGCGUGGGUGCAACAGCUGCCGUAUAUGCCGCCGCAAUCAUGGAAUAUCUGACGGCUGAAGUGUUGGAGCUGGCGGGCAAUGCAUCUAAGGACCUAAAGGUGAAACGUAUCACGCCACGCCACCUUCAGCUUGCCAUUCGCGGAGACGAAGAGCUAGAUACGCUGAUUAAGGCCACAAUCGCUGGUGGCGGCGUCAUCCCACAUAUUCACAAGAAUCUCAUCAACAAACAGAAUAAGAAGCGGAUGCCGCUUUAA